AUGGGCGAUCUGGACCUCUCCCAGCUGCUAGAGUCGGGCGAAUACAGCGACCUAAGACUCAUCACCACCAAUAAUGAUGAUGGAGUUGAGACCGAGCACUCCGUUCACCGCAAUAUUGUCUUCAGUCAAUGUCCGAGAUUGAGAGAUGUGGUGGCCUCCAUUGGACCACUGAACCAAGUCAACGGAGUUGACAUCGUCCAUCUCAAAUAUGAUGGCAAAGCUCUCGGCACUAUGUUGCGAUAUUUGUACUCUGGAAAGUACGAAGCGCAAUACGAGGUGGCGAUCCGGCGAGCGAGCGAGUCUAGUGGCAAUGACAGGCCACACUCAAUGUACUGGUCCAUCCAUGCCAUGAAGCUGGCACAUGAAUUAGAUCUCUUCGGUCUCUAUAGGGAAUCGGCAUGGGCAUUGUGUAAGGCAGCGAAACAACUCACAAACCACGUCGACUUCCCUGACAUGGUCGACGAGCUCUACGAGUCGUGUGGCCAGCCCCCAAAUUUCCCCAUCCACCUCGCAAGUAUUGCAAGAACCAUUGCAGAGAACUGUCUGAUCAGCAGUCGGCUGCAGGAUCGACUAAAACCCACCAUGCUCAAAUACCCGCAGCUUGCCCUCGACGUAAUGGAAGCAAGCUUGGACGCCCUGUCUGAGACCCAAAAAGAUUUUGUCGAGGCACAAGAGAAGAUCUCUGAUCUUCGAGCUCAGGGUUAUAGAGCUGAUUAG